AUGUCUUAUUUUGGGGAAAAUAGUAAAAAUGUGCAAGAUGAAAUAAAUGAAAAUGAUUCUGUACAAGUUGAAAAUAGAAAUAAUUCUGUAUCUAUUGAAAGCCAUUACACAUCUUAAAUGCAAUUUUAAAAGGCUAAAAAAUCUUCUGUAGACUUGCUAAACUUCACUUCCUCUGGCUAAUCAUUUAUAAAUAAUUCAACUUAUACUCCUUAGACAAGGCCCUUAGAUACAAAACCAUUAUAAAGCAACUUUUCAUCUUUUUAAGCAAACUUUGAGAGACCUUUUCAAACUUAGCUUGAAUAUUUCAUUUAUUAAUUACCAUCAAUUAGAAAAAAUUACAUGAAAACAGAUUCUAAUUUGUCUUUCAUACUAUUUGAACUUGAAAAAUUGCUAUUAAAUCUAUCUAAUGAACAGCAAAAUCUAGAGAAGUAGUUCCUUAAAAUGCAGAGUUAGCUUUAAAUUGCAACUUAGGCUCUACGUUAAAGAGAAGAUGUAAUACAACUGAUGAGAGAGGAGAACUUAAAAAUGAAAAAAAAAGUAUAAACUACACUGUUAGAAUUAGAAUCUACUAAAUUAAAACACUAACGUUUUACAAAGCAAAAUAACGAACAUUUUUACAAAAUUUCAUAGCAAAUUAAAGAGUCUGUUAAUCUCAAGCAAACCAAGCAGCAAAUAUAAAUUGAGCAUCUGAAGAAUGUAAUUAACAGGAAUAAGAAUUUCUAAUUAAAAUUCAAUAACUCUCAACUGAAUUUUGUUUAGAGUAACACUGAAAGUAAUAAAAAAAUAUUUUUCAAUACAGAUGAGCAAACUGAGUCAGAUAGUAAAAAAAAUGAAAAAAUUUCCACAUUUAAUUAGAAUAAUAUAUCAAAUACAAGUGAAACACUACAUACAAACAACGAUUAACUUUACGAGAGUCAAAAUAAAAAGAUAUUUUAAUCAUAAUUCGAUAUACCUGAAGAAUCUAAAUUGCAAGACAUUAAAAAAUUCUUUAUUUCUGCAGACUUGUCUAACCUUAGCUGUAAUAAAAAAGACGGUUCAUAUAAUUUUGCUUAAAAACUUUAAUUGCAGAAAGCGAAGCUACAUUCAAUGUUUCUUUUUUAAUCUCCUACAAAAAAAGGGAAAAAAGGCAGCUAAAAUCUAAUGACAGAGUAAAGCUUGUAAACAUUGACUAAAUAAAAGAGCACACAAAGUCUAGCAUCGCCUAAAGUUAUAUUUCCAAAUUAUCAGAUGAAAACGGCCCAAAAAGAAUUUAAUUAAAAUUUGACAAUAAACUACCACCAUACUAAGGCCAGCUCCCUAGUGUCUUAAUUCUUUGAAUUUAAAGAGGAAAAAGUAGAAUUAAAUAAAAGUUAAAGCUAAAAUUCAAAGCAAAGACAAAUUUCCAUUUAGCAGCCUGAAGCAACAAGUAAUUCGAUCAAAAAUGAGUUUUUGACUCAUAAUUCUGAUUUUCAUUUUUAUACUCUUCUCCUCGAUAUGAACAAAAGCGAAAAAAGUAUUUAGAAAAUCCAUAACGAAAAUAUCACCUUAAGAUUCCUUCAAAAAAUUGCAGUUACUGAAACAGAAUUCAGAAAUUUCAUGAUGAAUUUGACUCCUCAAAAAUAUUCUAAUUUUUUUUAAUCUUUGCAACAUAUUUUAAAAAUUGAGAUGGCUUCCUUAGAAAUGAUUUUAAAGUUAAAACGAAUAAUUCUUUCAGUUUAGAAAAUGCACUCUUCAAUUCUAAUAUCAGAUGCAUUUAAUACAAUUAUCUAUGAGACUUGCCAAGUCGUAAAUUGUGAUAGAGCAUCAGUUUUUUUAAUUGACCCCAAGAGAAACGAGCUAUGGACAAAGGUAGCAAGACAUUCCAAGCCUAUUCGUGUUUAAAUAGGAUAAGGUCUUGUUGGUUAAGUAGCUUAAACUGGUGAGAUUCUGAAUGUAUUAGAUGCUCAUUAGGAUUAUAGAUUUAACAGUGAUGCUGAUAAAAAGAAUAAUUAUAGAACUAAAUCUGUUUUAUGCUUGCCCAUAAAAGAUCAAAAUCAAAGUCACAUUAUUGGAGUUUUACAAGCAAUAAAUAAGAAAGAUGGAGAUUUUUUCACAAAAGAAGAUGAAUCACUUCUAAUAAUUAUAUCUUAAUUAGCUACUGCAGUCCUAAGAAAUUCUUUGUAUCAUGAUGAAAGAGAGGCUUAUCGAAAUAAUUUAAAGUCAUUAGUAAAUACAGGUAUCGAUCUAUCAAAAGAAAAAAGCAUAAAAACUUUGAUUGUUCGCUCAACAGCAAUUUUAAUUGAUAAAUUUGAUGUCCAAUAAGCUAGAAUAUGGAUUUAUGAUUUGCAGCAAAAUUAAUUGAUAAGAUACUUCGUUGAUGAUGAUCAGGUUUUAAGCAUUCUAUAAGGCUAAGCUAUAAAUGAAGAAGUUAUAAAAGAAGAAAAAUGCUAAUUAGACCAAGGUAUUAUUGGUCACAUAUUUCAAACUUGUAAAACAGAAAACUUUCUAAAUGCAUAUUAGCAUCCACUUUUCAACAAUUCUAUAGAUUUAAAUACUUCACUUCCUGUUAUUACGACUAUAAUAAAAGCACAGUUAGAUCCUAUUGAUUAAAGUGUUUAAAAAAAGAUUGGAGUACUGCAGUGUAUUAAUCCAAAAGGACUUGAGACUUUAGUCUUUAGUCAAAACUCAUAAGGAGGAAAAGAUAUUCCUAAUGCUUUCUAUGAUAUACUUGAAUAUUUUUGCCAAUUAGUUGGAGAUAAUUUAAAAAACUUUAUUAGUGUUGAAAUUUGA